AGUAUCCAGAGGGUUUAUCCUUGGAGUCAUAUACUAUCAGUAUCGUGCAGUUGCUUGGCUUUAAUCUGGGAUUGGGUUAUGACGAUACUGACACCUGCCUUUGUUCAGGAGAUAUCUGCACAAUGUCACCAGAUGCAGUGUACUCUGGAGGUGUAAAGGAUUUUAGCACCUGUAGUUUGGAUGACUUUAAAUAUUUUGCUUCAAAUUCUGGCCUUGACUGUCUUCAGAACAUCGUUCCAGAGGUGCCAGUUUACAGACAGAGGAGGGCAUGUGGCAAUGGAGUGUUGGAUCAAGGUGAACAGUGUGACUGUGGCACUCCAGCGAAUUGUACUCAUAAAAAGUGCUGUGAUGCUAGAACAUGUACAUUGAAAAAGGGUAAAGUCUGUGGUUCUGGGGAAUGCUGCACAAAAAAUUGCAAGGUAAGAGGCAAUUUGUAUUUUAGAAUAGCUCAGCAUUAACUUCUGGAAAUACUUGUUUCAGGGAGAUGGAAAACAUGUCAUAUAGCAUAUUCAGCCCUUCCCAUUAUAUCAUAUCAAGCAACAUUGGACCCACUCUCACACUUCAGUCCAUUCAGUAAUUUAUCAUUUCCACGUCUCGCAUGUACAUAAUGCCUGAUGCUUCUCCUCUCCAGACUUGGCUUCCCAUUUGUAUACCUUGUUACAAAUCUUUCUUGUACCCACUGAGAUUUCUCUAUGAUCAACAUAUAUCUGGAGC